AUGUCGGUUGGUUCUCAUCGGCUUCGUGAACUUGCCGACACAGAACUGAGCUAUCCCGGAUGGGAGAAUGACUAUGAGGAAGCUGCCGAGGCUUUUCAAAUCGGAACAACCCGAGUGUUUGAGAGACUCUUUAUGGAAAUAAUGGAGAAACAGAGAGAAUUCGACAAUUACUACAUAAUGCUAAGAAUAGAGAUCCUUGAUGAUUUGGAUAUUGAUUAUCCUGGAUGCCUUGGAGACAAGAGAAGAAUCGAAGAAUGGUGUCGUGAGAACCCUGUGAAUGACGAGACACAAGAAAAGUUUGAAGAAAGGAUGCAAGGUCUAGUCAACAAGCAUGCGCUGUACGAGGGAGACCGGUCUCAUGCCAAUCUUGCUGCCCUUGAUGACUGCGACUUCACAUAUCCAGGUUGGGAGGAUGCAUAUCAGAAUGCAGUCCAAGCUCACUGUAGUGAGCCAUUCACCACAUUUCCUAAGCUGUUCCAUCAAAUGAAAGAAAUGCAAAACAAACAUGAAGGAAAACGAAUACACUGGCGCCUCAAAACUCUUGACGAGCUUGAGUUGUCAUACCCAGGAUGCGAAAAAGAUGUUGCCGAGGUUGAGACUUGGCAUUUCAACACUUUUGAUUCACCAUCAACAGCUAGCUUGUUUCGUGAAGCUAUUGAUGGGCUGCUGGAACAGGAGGAGAUUUAUCUCGAAGCUCAAAUCGAGGAAUCGAAAGAAAGGAAAGAUCAAGAAGAAAGGGGUAUAUUCAUCGAUCGACGAAAGACUAAUCGAGAAAAAGAAGCGAAACAAGCUAGAGAACCAACCAGCGACCCCAUAGAAAGGAGGACACCCACUCGAGAGGAGCGGUUACAUGUAGCCAGAGUUCAAGAAAUGACGGAGAGAAAAGAGAGACAAGAAAAGGAAAGCCAGGAAAUGGAGAGACGGGAAGCGUUGGAGCGACAAAGUCAUUCGAGGCGCUCUAUCAACAACUUCGUAGAAAAGAGUGCACCACAGAACUAUGACAAGAGAGGAAGCCAUCUAGUGGCUCCGACAGAAAGUGUUGCAUCUGAGGGCGAGUCAUCAGCAGACUCAAUGGACUUGGAGAUUGAUAGAUGCUACAGGAGGAUAGCCGCAUCACUGCAAAUGUUGGAAGAGAGCAAAGGAAUCAUAGAGGAAGAAGAUGAGGUCCAUUUCUAUCCUCAACAACCCGUAAUGUAUCAACAACACAUGGUUGAUCAUUCAUCAUCACCAUACCCUCAUCAUUCAGCAAGACGAAGUCGACGAUCAGUGGUCCAACGCGCUGCAGUCUAUGAGUGA